AUGCUUCCCAUCAGAUCCAUUGCCGCCGGUACUUCGCGACUGCGGCUCGUCCGACCAAUCCUCUCCCAGAUUCCCCGCCAGAGAUGCUAUGCCUCUACCGCUGCACCACAACCGGAGCCCGUUCCGAGACUUCUUACAGGCAAUCCCGAAAUCGAUGAUCCGGGGAUGAAUGACGGCUACUCCCUUACUCAGCCACCUCCACUAAAACGUCAGUUCAGAGAUCCAUACGAGAAAUGGUGGGAUCCACAAGAGAGAAGAAACUUCGGCGAACCGGUCCACGAAGAUGAAGAUGUUCUCGGAAUUUUCACACUUUACGAAUACACCGUUGCCACACCAAAGCAAGCAGCCAUAUCGUUCUCCUGCUUCGUACUAGCGGCCUUUGGGCUUUGCGGUGCAAUCUAUUCGUUCUAUCCGGAUAAGCCAGCAGUUCCCAGAGAAUUUCCACAUAAUGGGUUAGAAAAAGCCCUGGGAGGAAAAGGCGCUCUCCUGGCAAAGCCAGAAGGUAGCUAUUGA